CCUAAAAAUAUUAAUUGCGACUCCUCUCGAAGCUGACAACGCAUCAAUUCUGGUUAAUAUAUAUGACAGAAAUCCGACCAUUCGUCUAUUACCGAUAUGACCACUCUACAGCCCCGGCAGCCGUACAGCACUGAAGAGCUCAAGCACCUCUAUCCACAAGACCUCCAGCUACAGCUUGUCCAAGUCCUUCUACGACAUGGCGAACGAACUCCCGUGUCCCCACGCUUUCAGCACACCGGUCUACCAGUGUACUGGCCAUACUGUCGGGCUGCCAAACAGCUUACGAGCACAGUCAUGGCUACCACAGACUGGAAAGACUUCGAUUUGCUAAAGUAUAGACGACGAUUGGAGACCUUUGGGACAGAUGACAGCCCAAUCGUGGCCGUUGGACCAAAAGGAGAGCUGGACGCAGUAUGUCAACCCGGUGAAUUGACCGACAAAGGUCGGGAAACCACGCUCGCGCUCGGCAAACGACUCCGUUCUCUCUACGUGGAUCAACUAAAUUUCAUGCCUAAGCUGAUAGCAGACUCCGACAUGAUCUAUCUUCGUGCUACCCCUAUUCCUAGAGCCCUCGAAUCGGUUCAGCAAGCCUUUUGGGGCAUGUAUCCGCCAUCCGCACGCACCGCUGACUUCCCACCCCCUACGAUCCUCACGCGCACGCCCUCCGAGGAGACCCUAUUCCCCAACGAAGGAAGCUGCAGACGCUUCGCCCAACUGAGCCGCGCCUUUGCCCAACGCACCGCCGAACGCUGGAACGACAGUGAUGACAUGGCAUACCUCAACAAAGUCAUCGGCAAACACAUGCCCGCCGCCUCACCCAGAGUCGCCGUCGACUCCCACCCACGCCUAUCCGGCAUCAUGGACACGCUCAACGCAACUCUCGCCCACGGCUCAGACACCCGUUUACCUUCUGAAUUCUACGACCCAAAGGCCCGCGCCAUCAUCGACAAAAUCGCCGUCGAGGAAUGGUACUCGGGAUACAAGGAAUCGGCAGAAUAUCGAACCGUCGGCAUCGGCGCGCUAGCAGGCGACAUCGUAGCCCGCAUGGUCGGAUCCGUCGAGACGGUGGCGGCGACACAGGGCACAGAUGUCAUUAAGAACGUCCGUGACGCGACAACUGACCCCGGAAACGAGAAGCAGAUCAAGCUUGCACUCUCGGGCUGCCACGACACCACGCUGGCAGCCCUGCUGACGAGUCUAGGUGCCUUCGACGGCGAGUCCUGGCCGCCGUUCACAUCGCACGUCGCAAUCGAACUAUUCCGCAAGAAUACCCCCACUACACCCACACCCACCUCCUUAACUGCAUCAUCAUCACCACCCUCCAAACCAAACUGGUGGACCACCCUCUUCGGCCCCUCCCCAUCCACUACACCCAGAAUCAACCGCACCCCCACAUCCACCCUCUCAACUACCCAAAAAUCCGCCCUAGAUGGCUUCUUCGUGCGCGUGCGCUACAACGACAAGGUCAUGCAGGUGCCGGCGUGUGCGCAGCCGGGCAAGCAUUUCGAAGACGAUACGACGCUGUGCACGCUCGCGGCAUUUAAGGGCGUUGUCGAUGCGUUUACGCCGCGGAGCUGGAAGGGCGCGUGUCGGCAGAAUCUGGAUAAGGCUGUGUUUCCCGAGGCGGAGGAGCGGGCUGGGUUUUGAGAGUGUUGUGUGGGAAGAUGAACGUGAUGGAUGUGAUGAAAGAAUGAAUCAAUGGCUGGAUGAAUGAAUGAGGAUGCGCGACUCGAUUGCAUUCUGGAUGGGAAAAAAUUGAGGAAAAAAGUGGUGAUAGAUGGAUAUGGGUAUCAAGAAGCAUACAUAGCACAUAGCAUGCACGCACGUACACCACCAAGACGCAUAUCAUAUAUACAUACAUAUAUACCAUAGAUUUCGGCAACUACGAUAGGGCUAUACAAUAGAACUGAAAGAUAGGGUAGAAAAGCUAU